AUGGAGCAAUGGCAGGCGUACAACGACCCUGCCAGCGCCGGUGGCCAGCGACGGUACAAUGGAAGCGCCGGCAGCCAGAUGUCGGGGCAGUUGUCAGGGCAGAUAUCGAGCCAAAUGUCGCCGCGCGACUUUGGCUCCAAUUCGGGCGGCCAGAACCCGGCGCAAGCACCGCCUGCCGGCUUCAAGUACGAUAAUUACCAAGGCGGCCUCAACCCGCACCAGACAACAUCAUCCGCCACCUCGCCCAUGGCAAGCCCGCACCUGCGCGACGGUAACGGCGAUGUGUCGAUGCAAGACUCCCACGAUGCGUAUUCCAACGCCAAAUACCCGAUGCGACCCCUUCACCAACAUCACCUCUCGAGCAGCGGCCGCACUGCCAACCUCCAGCAGGAACCUUCGGCUGCCGCCCAAAGGUACUCCCCCAUGGAGGUGAUGUCGCCCACCUCCCCCUACGGGCCCAAGUCGGGCGCCUCGAGCCAGUUCUCGUCGCAGCAACCCUCGCAGCGCCAGUCGCCCACCCGCUCGUCCGACUACGCGGUCCCGUCCCAACAACAAAGCCCCUACUACGGCGGCGGCAACGCUCGCCAAGUAGCGGCACCUCAACUUCCGCCCAUCAGCCCGUACGGAACCGGCUCGCAUCAAGAUUCAUACUCACCGUCGUCGGCCGCUAUGGAUGGCUCGUAUGCGGACCCCAAGUCGCCCAAGCGUGCCCCGCCUCAAUCGGCCGCUCCUGUCCAGCACGACAGGGGCCCGGUCCCUGAGUUCAAGCGGAUUCGCGGGCCCACAGACCUCAAGCCCAAGGUCAACGACCAGCCUCCGUUCCGGCGUGCGAACCCAGAAGGCGGCUUCAUUAGCCCCCUCCAAGCGCUUACCGUGCAGCUCCCCGCCACUUACCGCAUUUGCAACCCCGGUUUCAAAUAUGAAUCGUCCCGCAACCCCCGCCGUGUCUUGACGAAGCCUAGUAAGGGGAUGAAGAACGAUGGUUACGACAACGAGGAUAGUGAUUACAUCCUUUAUGUCAACGACAUUCUUGGAUCGGAGGAGGCGGGCCAUAAGAACCGGUAUCUGAUCCUUGACGUUCUUGGCCAAGGUACAUUCGGUCAGGUAGUGAAGUGCCAGAACAUGAAGACUCAAGAGGUAGUUGCCGUCAAGGUCAUCAAGAACCGCACUGCGUACUUUAAUCAAAGUAUGAUGGAGGUUUCGGUCUUGGAUUUGCUCAACACCAAGCUGGACAAGAACGACGAUCACCACGUCCUACGGCUCAAAGACACCUUCAUCCACCGGCAGCAUCUAUGCCUAGUGUUCGAGCUGUUGAGCGUGAACUUGUAUGAGCUGAUCAAGCAGAAUCAAUUCCGCGGCCUCAGCACAACGCUUGUCCGAGUGUUUGCCCAGCAACUGUUGAACGGCUUGACCUUGCUGAACAAGGCACGGUUGAUCCACUGCGACUUGAAACCAGAGAACAUUCUGCUUAAAAAUCUCGAGAGCCCGAUCAUCAAGAUUAUCGAUUUCGGAUCCGCUUGCGACGAGCGACAGACAGUCUACACCUACAUCCAAUCCCGUUUCUACCGUUCACCCGAGGUCCUGCUCGGCCUUCCGUACUCCUCCGCCAUCGACAUGUGGUCUCUCGGGUGCAUCGUCGUCGAACUCUUCCUUGGUCUCCCCCUUUUCCCGGGCUCCUCUGAAUACAACCAAGUCUCGCGGAUCGUCGAGAUGCUCGGAAACCCUCCAAAUUGGAUGAUCGAGAUGGGGAAACAGUCUGGGGAUUUUUUUGAGAAGAGGCAGGACGAGUACGGCCGGAGGACGUACCACCUGAAGAGCAUGGAGCAAUAUUCGAGGGAACGCGGCGUCAAGGAGCAGCCUAGCAAGAAGUACUUCCAGGCGAAUACCCUGCCUGAAAUCAUCAAGUCGUACCCGAUGCCGCGGAAGAACAUGAAGCCAUCGGAAGUCGAUCGUGAAAUGAACAACCGCGUUGCGUUCAUCGACUUCGUUAGGGGUCUGCUUAUGAUCAACCCCCUCGAGCGAUGGUCCCCGCAGCAGGCUAAGCUCCAUCCUUUUAUCACACAACAAAAGUACACCGGCCAAUUCGUGCCACCGAUGAACCUCAAAUCCAGCGCCCUCAAUCGGUCACCGGCCCCAGGUACACAACAACAAAUACAGGCCGAGGCUUUGAGUAAGCAACGGGCACAAGCCGCACAAGCUCAGGCCGCUGCAACCACGGCCGCUCAGGGUGGUUACGGGUCCAUGGGUGCUGUCCAGUACCAACAACAAGGCCACCCACCACAGCCUCAACAGCAGCAACAACAACAACAGCAGCAGCAACAGCAGCAACAGCAAAUGUACGGGAGUGCCAACAACAUGUACACCCCGACCGGCUCGCACACUGGGGCGCCGCCACCAUACAGCGGCCAGCAAGGGAAUGGUGGUGCCGGAUACAACCAGCUGGGCCUGGCGCAAGCACCCGUGCAGAUGCCACCAGCGAACUACGCCCAGUCGAGCUUGUACGCACAGCAGCAGCAGAACCGGUCACGACAGCGCGCAUCGACCAUGGAACAACAACAGAGCGGCAUUCCCGCCGCCAUCCAGCGCGUGGCGAGCCACCUUGACCCCAACCAGCCGAUUCGCUUGCAGCCCAGUCCUGCGUACUACCCACCGCCGCCCGAGGGCCUGGCCGGUAUGGACCACCAAACCUCCAACCGACAGCCGAGAAGGGGAAGCAGAGCGCAGCAGGGCGGCGGCAGGGGAGGAAGCAACCGGGACUUUAUUCGGAAUCUGGAGGAGGGUGCGCUCGGGGAAGGUUUCGUGGGAGGUGGGCAAGGACAGUGGCAUUAA